UUCAGUUGCCUCGCGUACGUUGAAUCGUGAACGUCUAUUCCGUUUUGUUCCUUCUCAGUUGCUUGAACACGUUGUUGUAUCUCAUUUUAUCGCGUGCCCUUAUCGGAUUCUGACUAACGCGUAGUUCGCGCCACCGAAUUUCCAAGUGUCUCCGUUCGAGUCCCUUCUUUACCGACCGAUGGACUCGGAACGAAGGAUUUUUGGUGAUCAGUUUUCUCGCACGCGAUGGUCGAGAUUUUCGAUAAUAGUGUAAGAUGCUUCUCCUCGAAGCAUCGUUUGUGAACGGAUCCGUGAGCCAUGAAGUGAAUCGGUGUGCAGUGUCUAGAUUCGUCGAAUGAUCGAAUCUCGUGACUCGUGGAAAGAGGUUUAUGAUCGCUGGCUCGUGGCAUGUGUUGACUCGAUGGUCUUCGAGAGCGUCGAGAUGCGGAACCCGGGGUUCCUCCUCGAAGACGCCAGACAUGGAUAUAUCCAGUAUAUCAGCCUGAGCGAAUGUUACUUCGCGGGCAAGGGCGCGGCCUUGGUUUUACCUCCGAACGAAAGGGCCAGACCUUCGAGAAAGGUUUCCGCAGCAGGAUGCGAUAUUCAACAGCACCUUCAAUCUAUGUUUUAUCUGCUCAGACCGGAGGAAACCCUCAAAAUGGCGGUGAAAUUGGAGUCAGUGCAUCCAGGAAGGACGAGAUACCUGGUCGUAGUAUCCUGCACUGGGAGGCAGGAUGCGGAGGAGAGCUGCCUUCUUGGUAUCGAUUGUCACGCUAGGGCGACCGUUGGUCUUGUACUUCGGGUUCUGGCCGACACUGCCAUUACUCUCGACGGCGACGGAGGCUUCAGCGUCAGCGUCUGCGGUUCACAGCACAUCUUCAAGCCAGUAUCGGUACAGGCGAUGUGGUCGGCCUUGCAGACGUUGCACAAAGUGUCGAGUAAGGCACGCGAACAGAACUACUUCCUGGGUGGGCUGUCACACGACUGGGUCAGCUACUAUGAGCAACGAAUCGAGAGCGAUCGCUCGUGUCUUAACGAGUGGCAUACUAUGGACAACUUGGAAUCUCGAAGACCACCGUCGCCGGACAGCGUACGCACCAAACCCAGAGAAAGGGACGAGACUGAGCGCGUGAUCCGAUCGACGUUGAAGGAGAUCAUGAUGUCCGUGGACCUCGACGAGGUAACCUCGAAGUACAUUCGAGGUCGUCUCGAGGAAGACCUCGACAUGGAUCUCGGGGAGUUUAAGCCAUUCAUCGAUCAGGAGAUGCUCACCAUUCUGGGUCAGAUGGACGCGCCGACUGAAAUAUUUGACCACGUUUAUCUAGGAAGCGAGUGGAACGCAAGCAACUUGGAGGAGCUCCAGAAGAAUGGUGUCAGGCAUAUCCUGAACGUAACUCGAGAGAUCGACAACUUCUUCCCCGGGAUGUUCACGUAUUUGAACGUACGCGUGUAUGACGACGAAAAGACCGAUCUGCUGAAGCACUGGGACGAUACGUUCAAAUACAUCACGAAGGCAAAGAAAGAAGGUUCGAAAGUGCUGGUGCACUGUAAAAUGGGAGUGUCAAGAUCUGCCUCGGUAGUGAUCGCGUACGCGAUGAAAGCAUAUAACUGGGACUUCUCUCAAGCCUGGAAGCACGUAAAAGAGAAACGGAACUGCAUCAAACCUAACAACAGCUUUCUGCUGCAACUGGAGACCUAUCAGGGUAUACUGGACGCGAUGAAAAACAAAGAGAAGCUUCAGAGGUCCAAGUCGGAUACGAACUUGAAGUCUCCCACGUCGACGAAAGAUCAGUCGAAGAAGGAGGAAAAGUCUGGCAACGUGGACAAUGAUUUGCAAACUGUAUCGGGCUUUGAAUUAAAAAAGACCAGCCAGAGGCCGAAAAGUUGGUCGCCGAAUGUGAAAAUUAGCGAAACCAUGUUGCCUUCUGUUCCCCUUUCGCAGUCCCUCGAAAGCAUCGAUAAGACAGGAAGUACGGAAGUGACCAGAGAAGAUUUGCUACGUUCCAACAACCAGAAGACCAGUAUGUCGCAAGAAGCUCGGAACGUUUUGAUGCCAUGCGGCAACGGACAAUCUUACAGCGUAUCUCAAAACAAAAUCGUCCACCUACCAGGUCCCUCGCCAGACACUCCGACCGUGAAGAACCGAAUUAGCAAGUUAGAAACGCAGCAGGGUCAAAGGAGGAAAGGAUUGGUGCUGAACCUGACGAAUCAAUUCGAAGCAGUCAGCAGCAAGCCGUCUUCUCCGAGUUCCGAUUCAGACGGCGGGAAACCGUUGCCACAGAGUCCGAUCUGCGAACUGAACGAGAAUGGACUCGGUAUGCAGAAGCCUUCGUCGGAAGCUUCGUCUACGGUGGCAGUGAAGCAAAGCGUGUGGGAUCCCGGCGAGAAGCAAAGCAAGAGAACGGAAGUCGGUAGUAAUAGUGAAUGUCUAGUCUGGACUGCAUCAUCGUCCGAUGCAACGUGUACCAAUUCGUGUAGUAACGCUAAGACUAACAGAGAAGUGAGUGCGGAGAGUGAGUGUAUCGCGACGACCACGACGACCACGACAACGACAACGACGACAGUGUAUCCUGGUACGUUAACGCGAAAGACCAAGAAGGACGGUGACCCGUUUAGUACGCACGUUGACCGAGUGUUCGAUCGGGAAGAAAGGCAAGGCGAGCCGGUUACGAGAGACUCUCCGAGCCGACAGAGCUCUUGGAGCAGUUACGACAGUGCCGUAGUCCUCGACAACAAUUCGGUGCACAGCUCCUGGGCCACGUUACCGUCGAGGAACAGUUCUUGGGGCUCGUACGACAUGCGGCCUUCGGAUCUGCUCGGAUCCAGUGGCCUCUUCCCUUACGACAAGGAGGAGAUACCUUGGCACCCAGGCACGGUGAAACGUACCAAGCAAAAGCUCGAGGAGAACACCAGCUCAGGGACGGUGAAACGCGUGUGCACGCAAAAUUCCGACACGGAAGAGAAAGACAGAUUACCAGUCGAGGAAGAAUCGUACAAUCCGGUACUUCUUCAGCAUACCGCGUCGCCAACGCCACGAAGGAGGGAUUCCUCGCCUAGCCAGGAACACGGUUUGAAGGUAGAUCCUGUUAGAAAUUCUCCAAGUCCUAUCAGAGGAAUAGACAUCUCACCAGCGUCGGUUCGUCAAGUUGGAAGACUAUCGACGAGCGCUCCGGCGCCAUCUUCUCUCUCUUCGGACUCGGACUUACCCCUAUCCUUGAGAUCCUGCAGGUCAGAGAGCGAAACAUCCAGUCCGUGCGUGGUCAACACUACUCAGUGUCUUUCGGUGAAGCAACACAAGAUGGUCUUGGAGAACCUGAGUAACAAAUCUAUAUUUAACAAACGUUGUUUGUCGGUAGACGACUCGCCAGAUACCGAGUGUCCGCGAAGUACCUCCGGUAUCGUAAAGAAUCUCAAGAAAGAAUUCGAGGCGAAGUCGACGAAGUCGGAAAAGAGUCCGGAGAACAGCUUCGAGAACGACUCGCCGAUUACGGUCUGUCGACCGAAAAGGGACGUAAAGAUCAGAAGUUUGCCCUCCUCGCCGGUGAUUCCCCACAACGAAUCGAAGAUUCAAGCCCCGUCCGAGGUCAAAGAGAAAGAGAAGUCGUGCGCCGACUCGAUGACGGCUACUCAGGACAACUUGGAAGACAGGUCGGUGAGAGUUUUGGUUGGUAAGUACGAGGUGAAGCCCGAGUCCAGGAAGUCCUCGGAGAUCCAGCUGCGUGUGCACAAAGACAAGGAUUGGGAGUCGAUGGACUCACAACACAGCAACAAGUCGAAAAUUGGUGUAGAAUAUAGUAGGAGGUCUGCGCCGAUCAUGAUUAACAAUCAUUCGUCUACUCCUCUGUUCAAUGAAGCGCCGGAAGCACCUGGUAGGCCACCAGUCCCAUCGGCUGGUGUUGUGGCAGCUAGUAAGAAGCAGCAACAGCACGGCAGGACGCAUCCUCUUGCCAGGCUGCAGGUCAGGCCUAGGCACAGCAGUCCGGUUUACAACACCAUGUAAGAAA